AUGGAUGAUUCUGGGAUCAUCCGAAGACGGAGGCUGCAGAAGGACCUACCUCUGCCCCGGAAAAGUAGCAGUUGCAGGACCAGUAACAGGAAAAGCCUCAUCCUUACCAGUACAUCCCCCACCUUGCCGAGGCCGCACUCUCCUCUACCUGGACAUAUAGGAAGCAGUCCCCUGGACAGCCCACGGAACUUCUCCCCUAGCGGCCCUGCCCACUUCUCCUUUGCUUCGUCUCGAAGGGCUGAUGGUCGAAGAUGGUCUUUGGCCUCUCUGCCCUCCUCAGGCUAUGGGACCAACACACCCAGCUCAACAUCAUCCAGCUCGUCUCAGGAGCGUCUGCACCAGCUGCCCUUCCAGCCGACCAUGGAUGAGCUGCACUUCCUGUCCAAGCACUUUGGCAGCACAGAAAGCAUCACAGACGAUGAUGGAGGGCGACGCUCGCCACAUGUCCGCCCUCGCUCUCGAAGCCUCAGCCCGGGGCGCUCUCCAUCCUGCUAUGACAAUGAAAUAGUAAUGAUGAACCAUGUCUACAAGGAGCGCUUCCCCAAGAUGGAGGAGAGGCUGGCAGAGUUUAUCCAGAGCUACACCCCAGAGAGUGUUCUGCCCCUGGCUGACGGGGUCCUCAGCUUCAUCCACCACCAGAUAGCCGAGCUAUCCAGAGACUGUCUGACCAAAUCCCGCGAGGGCCUCAUUACCACCGUUUACUUCUGCGAACUGCAGGAGAACCUGGAGAAGCUGCUUCACGACGCAUAUAAGCGCUCAGAGAGUUCCGAGCUCACGUUUGUCACAGAGCUUGUCAAAAAGCUAUUCAUCAUAAUAUCUCGACCGGCCAGGCUGCUGGAGUGUCUGGAGUUCAACCCAGAAGAGUUUUACCACCUGCUAGAAGCUGCAGAGGACCACGCCAAAGAGGGACAACUGAUGAAAGCAGACAUUCCUCGAUACAUCAUCAGUCAGUUGGGCCUGACCAGAGACCCACUGGAAGACAUUACCACUCUUGAAAGUUAUGACAGCGAAGGUCCACAUACUCCAGAAACGGAUGACUCCGCAGAGGGGAAAGGGAGAUCCAUCAAGCCGCCCAGUGAGGAAGACUUUCAGACCAUCAAACUGAUCAGCAAUGGAGCUUAUGGUGCUGUCUAUCUGGUACGCCACAGGGAGACGCGUCAGCGUUUUGCCAUGAAGAAGAUCAACAAGCAGAACCUGAUACUGAGGAAUCAGAUCCAGCAGGCGUUCGUGGAGAGAGACAUCCUCACCUUCGCAGAGAACCCCUUCGUAGUCUCCAUGUUUUGCUCCUUCGAAACCCGGAGGCAUCUCUGCAUGGUCAUGGAAUACGUGGAAGGAGGUGACUGUGCCACUUUGCUGAAGAACAUUGGGGCUCUCCCUGUGGAGUUGGCAAGAAUGUAUUUUGCUGAAACCGUCUUGGCCCUGGAAUAUCUGCAUAAUUAUGGUAUUGUCCACAGAGACCUAAAACCUGACAAUCUGCUUAUCACCUCCAUGGGACAUAUCAAACUCACAGACUUUGGUUUGUCAAAGAUGGGUCUAAUGAGCCUGACCACCAACAUUUAUGAAGGACACAUAGAGAAAGAUGCCAGGGAGUUCCUGGACAAACAGGUCUGCGGGACACCAGAGUACAUCGCACCAGAGGUGAUUCUCCGUCAAGGCUAUGGGAAGCCUGUGGACUGGUGGGCCAUGGGCAUUAUCCUCUAUGAGUUCCUUGUGGGCUGUGUGCCUUUCUUUGGAGAUACUCCAGAGGAGCUAUUUGGCCAAGUUAUCACAGAUGACAUCGUUUGGCCUGAUGGGGACGAGGCUUUGCCUGCAGAUGCCCAGGCCCUCAUCUCUGCUCUACUGCAGACCAACCCCCUUGUACGGCUGGGCACAGGUGGAGCGUUUGAAGUCAAGCAGCACUCUUUCUUCACCGAACUUGACUGGAACAGUUUGCUGAGGCAGAAAGCAGAGUUCAUCCCUCACCUUGAGUCCGAGGAGGACACCAGCUACUUUGAUACCCGCUCAGAUCGUUACCGCCACAUCAACACGUACGACGAGGACGACACCAACGACGAUGAGCCGGUGGAGAUCAGGCAGUUCUCCUCCUGCUCCCCCCGCUUUAGCAAGGUGUACAGCAGCAUGGAGCAUCUUUCUCAGCUGGAGCAGAAAGCAACAACGUCGGUGUCCCGCCGCGAGCACAAGGGUCCACGUGAGGACAAGGUGACCAAGAGGGAGAGCCUGGGCAGCUUGAGGGACAAAAGUUGGAGGACAGGAUCCCCGGAGAUGAAGCGCCUGUCUUGUUCAGAAUCUCUCUACUCAGAAGGGGACGCGAGCCCUCCUCUUGGCGCCAGACGCCGCUUUUCGGCUUUAAUGGACACGCAUCGAUUUGCAUCGGCUCUCGAAGGCGAGCCGGAUUUUCUGACCCGCCAGAACCCGAUGAAGGUCCGAGGAACCUCGCUGGAUGGGACCACGAUCCCGUCACCGAGUCUGCUGGAGCAGAGGGCCAGCUUAAAGGAGGUCAACGGAGCAGGUCUAUCAGCAACCGGUCGGGAUGUGAUGACUCCUUUGUAUGACCCUCUGGGGCCCCGAGCCACAAAUGACCUGGUCCUCCGUCGGGCGCGUCACCAUCAUUUGUCAGGUGACGGAGAGAAGCGGAACUCCAGACAAGGCAACAAAGUCAUCAAAUCGGCAUCAGCCACGGCUCUGUCUGUUAUCAUACCAUCAGUGGAGCAACAUGGCGGAUUCUCACCACUGGCCAGCCCCAUGUCGCCCCACUCUUUCUCCUCUAACCCCUCAUCGCGUGACUCCUCACCCAGCAGAGACUUCUUCCCUGCUGUCAGUGUGCUGCGCUCCCCAAUCACAAUCCAUCGGUCCGGAAAGAAAUAUGGCUUUACUCUACGGGCCAUCAGGGUCUACAUUGGAGACAGUGAUAUCUACAGUGUCCAUCACAUUGUCUGGCAUGUGGAGGAGGGCGGCCCUGCCCAGGAAGCUGGCCUUUGCGCUGGUGACCUCAUCACACACGUCAAUGGAGAGGCCGUCCAUGGUCUGGUCCACACUGAAGUGGUCGAGCUCAUCCUCAAGAGUGGCAACAAGGUGACUGUGACAACCACCCCUUUCGAGAACACCUCCAUUAAAGUGGGUCCCGCCCGUAAGGCCAGCUACAAGUGUAAGAUGGCCCGUAGAAAUAAGCGCACAAUGGUCAAGGAGGGCCAGGACAGUAAGAAACGCAGCUCCCUGUUCCGUAAGAUCACAAAACAGUCCAACCUCCUCCACACCAGUCGCAGUCUUUCCUCUUUGAAUCGCUCUCUGUCCUCUAGUGAGAGUCUUCCUGGCUCCCCAACUCACAGCCUGUCUGCCCGCUCCCCAACACAGGGCUAUCGCAACAACCCUGAGCCCUCCUACCUGGGUGCUUCUUCCCAGAGCAGCUCUCCAGCUUCCAGCACUCCAAACUCCCCUUCCCCCUCUCAGCACAUGAGGCCCAGCUCCCUGCACGGCCUGUCGCCGAAACUCCACCGUCAGUAUCGAUCGGCCCGUUGCAAGUCUGCCGGUAACAUCCCGCUGUCCCCGCUGGCCCACACGCCAUCCCCGACCCAAUCUUCCCCUCCGCCCUUACCCGGCCACACGGUGGGGAGCUCCAACACCACCCAGUCCUUCCCCGUCAAGCUCCACUCGUCCCCCCCGGUCGUCCGCCCGAGGCCGAAGAGCGCCGAGCCUCCCCGUUCGCCUCUCCUCAAACGAGUGCAGUCGGCGGAGAAGCUGGGCUCCCCUCUGACCCAGUCCAGUUCGACGGGAGGACUCGGGGGUCAGCUGAGGAAGCACAGCCUGGAGGUGCAGCACUCCGAGUACCGCAAGGACGCCUUCCUCUGUGAGCUCGGGCUACAGAGCCUGCUUGAAACAGACGGAGAAAAUUUGCCUCCCAAUCCUCCCCCCUUGCCCUUACCCUCGACCUCACCAGAGACUGGUGUCCUGAAGCCUGUGAGGAGACUCGGGAGACAGGAGUCUCCACUCAGCAGGGAAACCCUGCUGGCAGGAAGAGAGAGGGAAGAAAGGGAGAGGGGGAGGGACCCUGAGAAAGAGAGGGAGGUUGGAAUGAGUAGAGGAACAGGAUCGCAGUCAUUCUUAGCAAGAAAGCUUCAUUCAACUGAGGUUAACUUGAACUCGCAAAGCUCCAAACUGGGUACACAAGCCACUAGAUCUCUAACCCCUAGCACGCCUAUCAAAAGCUCUGGACAGAAGGAGCCAGAGAAGACACAGAAUCAGACAGACUCGCAGACAAAGCAGCUACAAGCCAACCAAACCAAAAGCGUGUUAGCUAACAGGAAAGAUCCCCAAGAGCAGAAGCCGGGAGGCAUCCCUGAGCCAAAGCAGGAUGGAGACAACAAAAGUAGGUCUGGUUUACCGACCGCUGCCUUCGGUAAGAGUCCUUCUGCAGCAGUGACCGGAGCUACUUUGAACAUGAACAAAACGAUUAAAUCAUCGGGAAUGGGGGACAGCCUGAAAAAGGCCGAAAGCAAUGAUUCGAGAACUCCAGAGCUCGGCUCCAAAAGCCCCAAACUUCCAGCUCGGAUCCUGGCUCCCGUGGUUCCGUCCCAUGGGCAGCCGCUCUCGCUAGGCAAAGUCAGGCAGGGACUGGGCCCCGUCAACUGCUACCGGGGGACACUCGACUGGGAGGACAAAUGUCGCCUGGAGGUGGUGGAGGAACAUUCCCCCUCUCCCUCCCCCUCCCCGACAGCCGUGACCCCCUCCCUCUGCGGACCCUCCCUCUGUAAGUCGCGGCCCGUCUCCCCGGGCGACAAGACGAGCUUCGUCAGCCAGCUUACCACCGUGGCCAAAAACGUGCUCGGCCCGAUCAAGCUCGGCUCUCAGGAAGGCGCCAGGAGCAAAGAGCAGCAGACUAAGGUCCUGGAGGAGAAGCAGGGGGGCGCUGUGGGAAAGUCUGAAUCUCCUGCUGGGGCUCGAGCGAUUGCCGGUGCCGCCGUGGUCACCCAAAGUCCAGCCGGCUCGCCACUCGAGAAAGCUGCAGCAGUCGGCAGCCUGCCGAAAAUGUGACCCCAAGGGGUCCUUAAAUCUCACUUUAGUAGAAAACGAGGGGAAAACUUUUUGGGAGGAUAAACUACAAAACAGAGGACAAGCACUUAAAAACGAUGUACAUUCCAGUUUCAGAGUCUAUGAGGUGUUAUUUAUCAAUUCCAAUCCCUAACUGAUUCAAACUAAAAACAAAGAUAAAAAAAAACUAUAAAGGUGCAUUAACUGUUGAUUUUUCUAUUUUGAAUUAUUUAUUAAGAGGACUCUUUAUGAUGUAAUGUGAAACACUAUCAGAUGUUUAUGUGUGGGUCAAUGUGAAUGCAUGUCGUACAGUAUGUACUUUACAUUUGUAAUAGGUACAAGAGGAUGAAAAAGUGCUUUACUGAUCAAAACAUGCUGAAUACUGUGAAUACCAAAUCUAGCCACUAUUUUUGACCAGGCCUUUUUUUUUUCUUUUUAGUUGUUUUGUUAGUUUUUUCCACCGCUGGAGAGUAAAAGAGUCCAGUUGUCAUCAAGCAAAAACACUUUACACAAACCAACACUUUGGCCGCAGUGCAACAGGAGAAAGACGAUUAAGCUUUUUUUUACUCAUUAUCCAGCAGUUUACUGCUUCGGAUUAUACAGUCAGCCGUCGCCAUAGCAGGCAGUCCGUCAGGUGAUGUCACAUUCAGACCUGUCUAGCUCAGCUCAUCAUGGGGGAUUGUGUGUAAAGUGUGUGUUUCCACCACUUUGAGUCUGUUUCCUGAUGGUUCUUGAAGGCUGCACCGGGCUGCGGAGACAGCUGAGCUCAGGCUGAGCACUUAUCUCCACCUAGCAGGAUGGCCGCCUCAGCCCCUUCCUCCGUCACGGGUACGCACGUUCAUAAACACGGGAGGCAGCCGAGUCAGCAGCUGAUUGCCGUGCGUUUAAAUCCUUACCCCCUGUUGUAGUCCAUUAGUCGGGACACAAAUAUGUUAAGGCGAUUGUGAGCAUGUGUGUGUCUUUUUGGUGGACCGUUACUCUUAGUCACAGGUCAUGAUAUAAACAGGAAGGGAGCCUUUUGAUAAACACACCGAACUGGCACAAAGAAGAUGGCCCAGCAUGAGUAUGGUGUGUGAAGCCAUUACAUCAUGUUGUAAGCACAGAUACAGUAAUCUGGGGUGUUGUUUUUAGCCCAAACAGAGACAGCUGGCAGUUGUGGAUGUAGCAUACCAUUAUUUAUUUGUACAAGGUUUCUGUAGCCAAGAUGGACCUGUAUGUAUAAAGAAAAAGAAUCAUCAGUGGUAUAAUCAGAAUGACUGUUAGGUUAGCUACAGUAGGUAGUACAGAGUGAUACAUGUACAGUAAUGCUCAUUGUAAUAAUAUGAUAAAGACAAUUCAAUCAGUAACUUCAUUAAUAGUCCUGAAAAACUAUCUACAGCGUAUCUUCCUCUCAUUGGUUAUCAUCACUUCCUUAUAGUUUGUAACCAUAAAUGUACAUAAUCUUAUGCAAAUUAUUUAGAGCUGUGUGAAUGUGGACAUGUUUAGAAAGCUUAAUGAUAUAAAGUCACUGUGUGUAACACUAACAUAUAUCAGACGAAACAUUGAUUAUCCAUCCACCCAUCUUUUUUUUAUAAUUGCUUCAUCAGAUUACUUACUUCAUAAUGCAAAAGCAAAGCAUGAGGUGAGAAUUGGUCUCUUUAAAGAAGCAAAAUUACAUAGUGGAUGAAUUUUCAAGCUAGGCAAAGAAAGAAUACUCAGAUAACACCUUUCCCAGUUGGGAGUUGCAGAUGAGAAAUUAGGUCUCGAUGUUAUUAUAAGCUUGUUUUUCUUAUCCAUGAGUAAUCUAGCCAACUGAUGCAGGUGCAAUUUGUUACAUCUCCAACAUCAACCGUAGAUAUCAGUAUUUGUUACAUACUGUUCUUUAAUUUCUGGAUACUUACAUGCAUUGUAACGUUUCACUUCCUGCAAAUGAUAAGAUUCAUUUUAGAUUUGUCCAGGUUUCACUGAUGCAAAACAGGAUCCAUCAGAAGAGGAAUUAUACAUUAAAGAAGAAGACUGAAGUGUUCUUCUAAGUCCAAAAAGUGUCCGAAAGUAGUUCAGUCUGUGCAGGACAUACCUCCGUCUUAGUGUUUUGUUCUUGAAGAUCAGGUCCUGUCAUUUCAGGCUUGGGGCACUUUUUGGCAGUUGCUUGUUGCCUUGUUGCAAAAGACAACAGAAUCGUGUUGUUUAAGUGAAAAGAGCAAAACAAUAAGUGUCACAUUGCUGCUAUAUGCAACAAAGAAACCUGUUUGAUGUUUUCUGCAAUCUGCCAUAAAUGUGAAAGCAUGUCCAAUGUAAUACAUCAGUCUUUUUUUUAUUCAACAUUGUACUCUACUACCCUCUAGUGGUUUCGCAAUGACAAGUUUUCAACAUGUUGAACUGUCCUAAAUCUUUUUUUUGAAACUUUAUUUUACUUUACUGAGACCACUGAUUUACUCCAGAAUGUCUGUUACUAGCAACGGGCUUACUAAAUAUGCAUUUAUGUUUCUGAUACUAAAGAAUUGCAGUAAUUAUCAAAUUAACUCUUGAAGCAAUUUAUUUAUAUUGCUUUCUUCAUGUGAUUUGUUAAUUAUAUCAUUAGAAAUAAGAAAACCAUUUUUUUUAAUAUGCUGUCUUCAAUACUGACUGAAGGAAUCAUUGUAUCUUGAUGCUAUGAUGGAGAUCAGCUCUAUCCACCUGAUAGUGAAAGAGCAGCAUAUCUUACAGAUUACUGUGUCCACAUUCAGGCCUUUUAUUAUGUUUCUGUUUUUAGUUGACAGAGAGAGUAUAUAUACACAUAUUCAUGUAUGUGUGUAUGUGUGUGUGUCUGUGUGCGUGCGUGUAUGAACUUUAUUUGACAGAAAAAUAUCUUACUUUGAUGCUACUGCCACGAAGUCAUCAAUGACUAUCAAAUAUGGAUUUUGCAAACAAACAAGAGUCCAAGUAUAAAAGCAUUCCACACUUCUCUGUUCACUCAAUGUGUAUUUAGUUGUACCACUGGGGUAUUUUUUUGGUGAUAGAUGUGACUUAAAUGCAAACACCUGAAGUGCAGUAUGUGGAUUAAAGUUUCUUGAAUUUGCUCCAUGAAUUGUCGCCUGACGUUCUUU